GGUGCUGCCAGCAGAGGUCCUGCCUCCAGGGAGGGAUCAACAUGGCCGACCUUCCCCGGACUGUACUGAUCUCAGGCUGCUCAUCCGGAAUCGGCCUGGAGCUCGCAGUGCAGCUGGCUCGUGACUCCAGGCAGCGCUACCAGGUGGUGGCCACCAUGAGAGAUCUGGGAAAGAAGGGGACGCUGGAGGCAGCUGCCGGGGAGGCUCUGGGUCAGACCCUCACUGUGGCCCAGCUGGACGUGUGCAGUGAUGAGUCAGUGGCCCAAUGUCUCAGCUGCAUCCAGGGAGGAGAAGUGGACGUGCUGGUGAAUAAUGCUGGCGUGGGCCUGGUGGGGCCCCUGGAGGGGCUCAGCCUAGCUGCCAUGCAGAAAGUCUUUGACACCAACUUUUUCGGAGCCGUCCGCCUGGUCAGAGCUGUGCUUCCCGGCAUGAAGAGGAGGCGGCAGGGCCACAUCGUGGUGGUCAGCAGUGUCAUGGGGCUACAGGGUGUCGUGUUCAACGACGUCUACGCAGCCUCCAAGUUUGCCCUGGAAGGGUUCUUCGAGAGUCUGGCCAUCCAGCUGCUCCAGUUCAACAUCUUCAUCUCCCUGGUGGAACCCGGCCCCGUGGGCACGGCCUUUGAGGAGAAGCUGCUGGAGCAGGUUUCCACCGCCCAGUUCCCAGGCGCCGACCCCGACACCCUGCGCUACUUCCGGGACCUCUACCUCCCAGCGUCCCGGGAGCUCUUUCGCUGUUUGGGGCAGAGCCCCCAGGAUGUGGCCCAGGCCAUUGUCAAGGUCAUCGGCUCGACCAGACCCCCCCUGCGCCGACAGACCAACGCCCGCUACUGCGCCCUGACCGCGCUCAAGGCCGUGGACCCCUCCGGCCGCCUGUACGUGCGAUCGGCCCACCGCCUGCUCUUCCGCUGGCCGCGCCUACUGGGCCGAGGCCUCCGCUGCCUGGCCUGCGACUGCUUCCCCACCCGGGUGCGGCCUGGCCCGGCCUUUCCCGGGAAGCCCCGGCUGGAAGCCCUGGAGGAGGAGGCGGAGGGGAAGACAGACCACACAUCCCUGCAAGGCCUUUCCUCCCGCGCCGGCCUCUUCGCUGCAGACCCGGGCUUCCAGGGCGAGGAUGGCCGGCGGAAUCUGAGCGGCGGCAGCAGCAGCUGCUCCGGGCGAGCGGCCCACUUCCCCGCCCUCCGCCGCCCGCAUUCCUGCGGGAGGGGCCGGUACCUCCCCGGCGUCUGGCCGGAGGCUAGCUGGCGCCCUCUCGUGGCCAAGCGAGAGACUGAACUUGACCAUGACCGGCUGGAGGGGGCAGCCCGGGUGCAGAAGCUCAGCUCCAUCGCUUAA